UUCUGCUGACCGCCAUCUAGCAGUUUACGCUUUUCCAACAUGUUAAUUAAGCGGUCGCUAUUAUUUCCAGCGGACUGGAAGUACGCUUAAUAAGCGCAACAUGUUGUGCUACAUAUAAUCUUGUUAAAAAUGAAUGAAAUAAUCGAGAAAUGUUAUACCUAUAACAAUAUAAUAUACACUGUUACGGCAGCAAGUGACAUACACGAUAAUUUGCAAAAUGGUGUAUAACCUCACUUCUAAUGUAUAUACAUAUGAUACAGUAGAAGAAAAGUCCGUUCAGCAGAAAUCAUAAGCUGCUGGCAGCGCAGCACAAAGCGCUCACUAAGCUGCUUUCUUCGCUGAACGCAGCCAUUAUUUGUGUUUGCGGAAGAAAAAUUUAAGAGCUUUUGAAAGAGGGAGAGAGAGUUUGGGGUUUAAAUAACUCUCUCACACAAGUUGUGACUUUGUUGUUAAACCAAUAACUGUUGUUAAACAAAUACGACGAUUGUGAUUUCGAGCUUAUCGCGAAGGCAAUGGCAUCCACAAACGAGUUCGGUCCAGAUUCUGGUGGUAGAAUAAAGGGAGUUACGAUAGUCAAGCCUAUAGUUUACGGGAAUGUAGCACGGUACUUUGGCAAAAAGAGGGAGGAAGAUGGACACACGCAUCAGUGGACCGUAUACGUUAAGCCGUAUAACAACGAGGACAUGUCCACCUAUGUGAAGAAGGUGCAUUUCAAGUUGCAUGAGAGUUAUAACAAUCCUAAUCGGAUUAUGACAAAGCCACCGUAUGAAUUGACAGAAACCGGCUGGGGAGAAUUCGAGAUGGUCAUCAAGAUCUAUUUUCAUGAUCCGAACGAACGUCCUGUAACAGUAUAUCAUAUAUUGAAAUUAUUUCAAUCGACGCCCGAGAUACAACUAGGGAAGAAGAGUCUAGUAUCCGAAUUUUACGAGGAGAUAGUUUUUCAGGAUCCAACAGCCUUGAUGCAACAUCUACUGAGUUCUAGUAGGCCAAUGACGCUCGGAGCUUGGCGACAUAAUACAGACUUUGAAGCACUGAAGGAAUCUACAAUGAAAGAUAUUAUGGAGGCACGCAACAAGAUUAGACUCGAAGUGAUAGAUUUGAAAGAGAAAUUGACUCUGGCAAAAGAGACUAUUGCAAAAUUCAAGGAGGAGAUUGCAAACAUUUCUAAAGCCGGCGGAAGUUUAUCCGUCGCGUAA